AUGAACAAAGCCAAGCAGAAGGGAAGUUCUCUGGUGGCCAGUUACAGGUAUGUUCUGGAUUUUCUUUUUGCCAUUGAGGAAAUUAAUAAUGAUCCCAACAUUUUACCAAAUGUGACUCUUGGAUAUCACUUGUAUGACUCGUGUUCCAAUGAAAAUAAAGCUCUGGAUAAAUAUUUAAGACACGUUGAAUAUGAUGAUAAAUUGGAGAAAAGACAGUACUAUGAUGAAAAUGGAGAAAUGAAGACAGUCUACUAUAUUUAUAACUUGGUAACUUCCCAUAAUGAGCUUAACAGUUAUAGGCAUGUGGGUUCAUACACCCCAUGGGCUCCACCAGAUAAGCAGCUUUUUAUCAAUUUACCAGCAAUUACCUGGAAAAGUGAUUCUCGGCAGGUUCCGAGAUCUCAAUGUUCUGAAAACUGUCCACCUGGUAAAAGAAAAACAAAGAAUGAUAUGCCGCAAAUCUGCUGUUAUGACUGUGUACAGUGUUCUGAAGGAGAAAUCUCCAAUGUGACUGAUAGCCAAAACUGUAUAAAAUGUCUGGCGGUGGAGUACGCCAAUGACCAAAGGGAUCGCUGUAUAUUAAAACAAGAGGAAUAUUUGGCUUAUUCUGACACUCUUUCCAUUAUCCUUUUAUGCACCUCGGCCCUUUUAACAGUUACUUCUGUUCUAAUACUGUUUAUAUUCACGUUUUACCGGGAAACACCAAUUAUCAAAGCUAAUAACAAGAACCUGAGUUUUAUUCUCCUUGUCUCCCUUUCAUUGUGUUUCCUCUGUGUAUUCUUGUUCAUCGGUCGCCCUGCUGAUAGCACCUGCAUGUUCCGACAAGUCGUAUUUGGAAUCACCUUUUCCAUUUCGGUGUCUUCUGUGCUGGCCAAGACUGUUAUGGUCUGCAUUGCCUUUAAAGCAUCCAGGCCUGGGAGUUUCUGGACAAAACUGAUUGGGGUUAAAUGUUCUAAUUGUAUUGUUCUCUUGACUUCUUUUGUAGAAGUUAUAAUAAGCAUUGCCUGGUUGGCUUUUUCACCUCCAUAUCAAGAUGUAGACACACAGACUUACCACAAAAAGAUUGUAAUUGAGUGCACCGAGGGCUCCACAGUUGCUUUUUAUACAGUUCUAGGAUAUUUAGGAUUUUUGGCCUUUCUUAGUUUUUCUGUGGCAUUCAUAGCCAGAAAAUUGCCAGAUCAGUUUAAUGAAGCCAGGUACAUCACCUUCAGCAUGCUGGUCUUCUGCAGUGUCUGGAUUACUAUGAUCCCAACCUACCUUAGCACUAAAGGUAAAAACACAGUGGCCGUGGAAAUAUUUUCCAUAUUAGCUUCAAGUGCUGGGCUGUUAGGCUGUAUUUUUUUCCCAAAAUGUUAUAUUAUAUUGCUUAAGCCCCAAAUGAAUAAAAAGAUUCAUAUAUCUGAGAAGGUAAUCACAUGA